AUGGUCGAACUAACCGAGAUCACGGAGGAAGCGCAACUGUUGGACUCCCAACACCAACAACAAGCUAAGAACAACAAGUUUGCAGGCGAGAAGGCUGGAGACAGCACAGAUGACGAGGCUUACUCCAGCGACGAAGAGGACGAUUUUGACGAGAAUGAGACCCUGUAUGACAGAAUCGUGGCUUUGAAAGACAUAAUCUCGCCGAAACAGCGGAAGCGGCUGAGCCAGGCGUACAGCACCACCGUGUGGAUGUUCCAGGGCUUGUUUUCGAAAGGCGGCAACGUCGUGUGGGCGUUGACUACAUCUGCGCUACUUCUCGGUGUGCCACUAUCGCUAUCUCUAUUGGCGGAACAGCAGUUGAUCGAGAUGGAGAAGAACUUUGACCUGCAAAAAGAUGCGAACGAGAUCCUAGCGGCCGGCAACGCGCCUGCGCCUGCGACAGCUGGUCUCUGA